CGAGGAGGUUUGGAUUUGAUUUCGUUCCGCUGGGAUAUUUAAGAAAUGUGCAGAGUUUGGGUAUUCCUGGUGUUACUUUUACACAUCACCCCAGGUGCACUAGCCGCUCUAUCGAGAUGUGUCGAAUUCAGUUGUUACGUAUGGAACCUAAACCCAAUCGAAGAGAGUUCCUUUAAACUACCUCGCUUUCCAGACCAGAAGGGAAGGAUGUGUUUCAUAAACUUGACCAUCUCUUCGCUCGACAUAUCGCUGCUCAACCAGAUGGGACUGCUGGAAAGCUCCCUGCUCAUCAAAAAUUCCCCUUUGCGCAGUGUACAGGUGUCCCAAUCGUCCCAGUCGAUCCCUUUAAAGCUGCUGGUUUUAGAGCAGUCCAAUCUCACGGAAAUAACGUUCGAAGCAAAUGACACGCAACUAGAAACGCUUAUAAUUAGCAACAGCCUGCUGCAAGAUAUCCCCAGCACGGUGGCCCAUUUAGUCGCUGUGGAGAGGAUCGCGGUAAGGCACUCCCCUAUACAAACCGUCGACCUGAGCCGCUUCGGCGGGCUGCAGCGCUUGGAAAGCAUUGACCUAAGCAGCAACGUAAUUGAACGCCUGCGAUACACCUUGGUGUCGGAUGAAGAUUUUCCGUCCGUAAAAGCGUUCUAUAUGACCGAAAACCAGCUCACCGUGGUCAACUUUAACUACUUCAGCCGCAUGAAGCAGCUGCAAUCGCUAUCGCUAUGCAACAACAGGAUCCACCGCGUAGAUGGUUGGUUGGAUUCGAGCAGCCUAAACUAUCUCGACCUAUCGCAAAACGCCAUCUCAGCGUUCAGUUGCUGCAGUUGGAAUGCUAGCGGUGUGAUCACGCUGGCAUUGGACAACAAUACGCUCGAACAAUUGCCGUCCUGUUUGGAACAGGCGAUGUCCGAGGUGAAAUAUAUCACCCUGUCGCACAAUGCUCUGGAUGGUGGUAGCGUUUGGAGCAGGUUGGCCACCAUACCGACACUGCAAAUGAUAAACCUUGACGCAAACAGACUGACGAGUGCGAUUCUCAACGGUACAUUCCCGUCGCUUAUUCAGCUCAGCUUGCAGCACAACCGCAUAAAGCAGCUGUGGAUUCCAUACGCAAGCCACGGUCUUAGCGUUUCUGUCAGGUGCAAUUUGAUUGACCAGUUUAAGGCGCAAGAUGUAUCGCCCAACGUGACCCAUCUGGAUAUGGAAUGCAACCCGAUUGAUGUAUUGUAUGAUUGUAACCGGUACGAAUGGAACCAACCAACAGGAGAUGGUAAGCGAGAAUGUAUCAAACGUGUCAAUACCGAAAUGUGUGAAGAAUGCUUUAUCCAGAAAUGAGUUGUUGGAGCGAUUGAUUGAAAAAUAAAAGCAGAAACAUGGUUGAAUAUAUAUUGCACC